AUGGCAGACACUGAUAAUGGAGACUCGCACGCUGCCCCUGCCGAGCCUCAGGCCCGCCAUAUAGUUUACUGUGGAGCAAAGAAAUGCGAAGAAUGGCUAGAGAAAUCACACCCCCAGCUUUACGAGACACUAUACUCUGACGAAACGAUCGCCGCAAACCUCUCCACCCUGUCCGUAGCAGCUCGCGAACGCGCAGCCAAAGACGCAGCCAAAAAGGAAGCUAAAGCCGCCCAAGCUGAGACCCGUGAACAUGAGAAGAAAGCUGCGUCGAAGAUCCUUAUUCGACGUGUGGAGAGGAACAAGCGGAAGUUCGUCACCGUGAUAUCAGGACUAGAGGCACAUGGGCUGGAUAACAAGAAGGUAGCAAAGGGGCUAGGCAAGAAGUUUGCUACUGGCAGUUCGGUAACGAAGGCUACUGGCGCUGCCGCCGCGACAGGUACGAACGAGGAGAUCACAGUGCAAGGAGACGUGAGCGAGGAGGUGAUGGAGUGGUUGUUGGAAAACUACGGGGACGUGCCGGAGGAUAACUUUGAGCUGGUAGAGGAUAAGAAGAAGAAAUCUGGAGCUGCCGCUGGUGCGCCGGGUGCUGCUGCUUGA